CUUAUCACACAUCAGAGAAUCCACACAGGGGAGACGCCCUACAUGUGCUCUGAGUGCGGGAAAAGCUUCAAUCAGCGCUCAGACCUUAUCAGACAUGAGAGAAUCCACACUGGGGAGACGCCCUACACGUGUUCUGAGUGCGGGAAAAGCUUCAAUCAGCGCUCAAACCUUAUUACACAUCAGAGAAUCCACACAGGGGAGACGCCCUACAGGUGCUCUGAGUGCGGGAAAAGCUUCGGGCGGCGCUCUGACCUUAUCACACAUCAGAGAAUCCACACAGGGGAGACACCCUACAUGUGCUCUGAGUGCGGGAAAAGCUUCGGGCAGAGCUCACACCUUAUCAGACAUGAGAGAAUCCACACAGGGGAGAUGCCCUACACGUGCUCUGAGUGUGGGAAAAGCUUCAAUCGGCACUCACACCUUAUCAGACAUCAGAGAAUCCACACAGGGGAGACGCCCUACACGUGCUCUGAGUGCGGGAAAAGUUUCGGGCGGAGCUCUGACCUUAUCACACAUCAGAGAAUCCACACAGGGGAGACGCCCUACACGUGCUCUGAGUGUGGAAGGCACUUCAAUCGGUGCUCAAACCUUAUCACACAUCAGAGAAUCCACACAGGGGAGACGCCCUACAUGUGCUCUGAGUGCGGGAAAAGCUUCAAUCAGCGCUCAGACCUUAUCAGACAUGAGAGAAUCCACACUGGGGAGACGCCCUACACGUGUUCUGAGUGCGGGAAAAGCUUCAAUCAGCGCUCAAACCUUAUUACACAUCAGAGAAUCCACACAGGGGAGACGCCCUACACAUGCUCUGAGUGCGGGAAAAGCUUCGGGCGGCGCUCUGACCUUAUCACACAUCAGAGAAUCCACACAGGGGAGACACCCUACAUGUGCUCUGAGUGCGGGAAAAGCUUCGGGCAGAGCUCACACCUUAUCAGACAUGAGAGAAUCCAC